AAGGUCAAAUUCGUUCUUUCAGGUUCCUUUGGUUAAUGGGGCAGACUUUUCCCCUUACUUUAAUUGAAAUUGCUGACAUUUACGUGACUAAGUAAGUGAGUCAAGUGUUAAGUAUGUCGUCUGAUAAACCCAUCGGACCUGCCUUACCCCCGAUGUUCAGAAAGGAGGACAGCGAUAAUGACUCUGAGAAUGAAAACGGAUUCUCCGGCCCUGCUUUGCCUCCCGGUUACAAACGGGGGGAACCGUCGAGCUCCUCGGAUGAGAGUGACCAGGAGGUGGUGGUUAAAAGAGCAAAAACAGGGCACACGGAUGCAGACAGAUCUGCUGAGAAGGCGGAGAGGACAAAGGUACAAGAAAAAGAAGACGACGGUUUCUUUGGACCAGCCCUGCCACCAGGUUUUAAGAAACAACAGAGUUCCCCAGAAAGGCCACCUGUGCUGGGACCAGCUUUGCCUCCUGGAUUUCGCAGAGCAGCAUAUGAACACAAUGAUGACGAUGAUGGUGGAGAUGGAGAGGAUUUCCCGGGGCCUGCUCUACCUCCAGGCUACCGGGCCGAGUCCUCCAGCAGUGAAGAUGAGGAUGUGAUCGGACCAAUGCCGUCUAAAGGGCCCAUUCAAAACACGGUGGCUCUGGACUUUGAGCGUAGAGCACUAAGGAUGAAAGAGAAGCUGACAGGAGAGGACGCCCCUGAGGUGCUAACCAGAGAAACGUGGAUGACGGAGCUCCCACCAGAACUACAGCACAUUGGCUUGGGGGCUCGAACCUUCAAGAAGAGGUCGGGUCCAGAGAACAAGGAUCGCUCCAUUUGGACAGAUACACCAGCAGACAGGGAGCGCAAAAUCAGGGAACGCCUUGAGGGAAAGAAGAAGGGUGGGGGGGAGAAAGAUGAUGUCCCACAACUCUCCCAGAAGGACGUGGAUAUGGCAGAGAAAGUGUCUAAGUAUAAUGAGUCUAAACGUGCUGAGUCUCUGAUGAGUUUGCACACAAAGACAAUGAAGGAAAAAGCAAAGGAGAAGGCUGACCAACCAGUGGAGAGGAGACCAUUCGAUCGGGAUGCAGACCUGCAGGUGAAUCGCUUUGAUGACGCGCAGAAGCAGCGGCUGCUGAAGAAAUCUCAGGAACUGAACACGCGGUUCUCCCACAGCAAGGACAGAAUGUUCCUUUAACAAGCUGUCAAAAUGUAAGAAUCGUGUUCGAAAGUGCAGACUUCCAGUUACAAUCUUCAUACAGGAUUCGUACAAUAUGGACUUUAUGUCUUUGGAUACUCAUGUGUUACACAAAUGGAGAAUUGAAUUUUAUGUUGGUCUAUGAGUUAAACUAAACUGGACUUAACAGACUAUAAAGACAUGGCAGACAUGUUCAUUAAUGGGACUUCAUGUCACUGACUGGACGCAAUGCUACAGCAAAUGUUUCAAACAUUGGAGCAGCCGGCAGCUUGUAUUUUUCCAGGAAAUACUGUGAUGAAUGGAAAUGUUCAAAUGAAUGAAAAAAUGUUUCCUAAAUUUGUAUACAGGUUAUCAGGUUAUCUUUUGAGAUUUAUAAAAUCACUAGUUAAAUUGAGUUCAUUUGACAUCAAUCCUGUUGGACUUUUUCAUUUUCAUCUGGUAUGCUGAAAUAAUUUUGGAAUUACACUGGGAGAACACGGAUUUAGCAAUUGCGUAGAAUUGUUCAUGUUGAGAAAAUUAGCAUCAUGAUUUUAUUAUAUAAAAUAAUCCCACAACACAAUUACAAUGAUGAACAAUUUUUCUCUAGAGUAAGUGUAAUCACAAACGAUACAUUAAUGGGUGCAUGAGAUUAAUAUGUUUACAAGCCUGUCAAAGCUCAAACUGUUAUUCAUUAAACCCUAACAUUGUUUGAUGUUUAUACUGUAUAUAAUGAGUGAAAACUUUGGAAACAAAAAAAAAAAGAAAAGCGGAAGUGAUUGCUCUUUUUCCAACCAGAUCAGUGAAAACUCUCCCUGAACACUCAACCCUGCUAGAAAUGUAACCCUUUGCAAAACUGAUGGUUAAUUGGAUUUUAUGUAAAACCUUUUGUGCAGACAGCUGUGAGUUGUUAUGCUGCAUUAUCCUUUAAGUUUGCAAUCUUUCAUGUGUCAAGCUGCUUUUUUAAUUGACCUUUUUUCUACAUAGAUUAAACUUUUUUUUUUAAACUUAUAUGUGAUAAUACUUACCCAUGCAUUCAUCUGUAUGAGCGCAUGGUCAGAAUUAAAGCUGCGCAAUUGAUAUGGA